ACCGACUUCGCCCCAUUGAUUUUCUCCUUCUUCGGCCCGACAACUCACAAUGUCAUGGGACUCGAAAUCCACGAUGUCUCGCCGGAGACAAAAUAGCAGCGCCGCGGCCGGGCGCUCAAGAGGGCUCUCAAUACACAUGCGCAAUGCCAGCAAAGCGACCGCAGCGGCUUCAACACCGGUCAAGGUCGAGCCCAAGUCCGCACACACGUCAGACCCCUUCCUGCAGGAAUUCCUGAGCCCGGCAUUCGACCCGGCAGAAUACCUCAACCAGACGCUGCCGCCCCUUCAGGGCUCAUCAUCGUCGCUGAGGUCCUCGGCGGCGGCGGGCAAGGGCGCGGCCCCCCUGGCCCAGCUGUCGACCGAGGCUCAGGAGCUCCUGACGCAGCUCAACGCCCACACGACGCGCCUGGCCACCACGCUCACGCAGCUGACGGACGACAUCAUUCGUAGCGGCAGCAGGCUGGCGUACGAGGUCGAGCUGCUCCGGGGCGAGACGCUGGGGCUGGCCGAGACGCUCACCGAAUGCCCGCUCAAGGACGACCUGGAGAGGUUCGUCCCGGCUGGCAUCGAGCACACGGCAGCAUCCACCAGGCGGGGCUCGUUCGGAAGCCUGGCGCCCGCGACGCCGUUCCCUGAGAAGGACAAGGACUCACCGCCGCCUCCAACGCCUGCCACGGCGGCGGCAGACAGCACCAAGAAACCAGCUGUGGCCGAGGUCGCCGCGGACGAGCCGACGUACAUAUCGCAAUUGAGGACGCUGACGCUGGUCCGCUCGCGCCUCGACGCCGUGAUCAAGACGUUCGGAGACGCAAUGGACUUUGUCUUCCCGCCGUCCGAGGUCUCGGUCAGCUCGGGCUUCCUGUCCGUCUCGGCGCCCGACUUCCCGGACAUGCACACGGCGUCCAAGGAGCAGAUCAGCACCGAGGAGAAGGGCCAGAAGACGCUCAGGAGGCUGCGCGACGAGAUCUCAGGCCUGCUCGCCAAGGGCAACCCCGACCCGGUGAAGGGCGUCGAGGACGCCACCAAGAGGGUGGAGGAGCUCAAGGAGCUGGUCACGGUGUGGAAGGGCACGGCCGAGGAGAAGGCCAGGCAGAGGUUCGUGGAGAACCUGGCGCGGAUGGUCGAGGACCGGCACAGGGAACUGGUGAAGGAGGCCGAGGCGCAAAAGGAGCUGGCGUUGAGGGAGAGUCGGAGCAGGCAGGAUGACGAUGGCUCCAGGAGAGAGCCGGGGCCGGGAAGCUCCGAACCCGGGCUUUCGGAGACUAGAGGGUCCAUGGGUGGGUAUGGGUUUAUGACCCAGUGGCAGAAGUUAAGAAACGGGCUGUGAGAAAGGGACCGCAACCCCAAAAGGUUGCUAGAGGUCUACGAUUUGAUACCCGGGAUCCUCUUAGGGGACGAAAUAGAACGGAGGCCACGGCUCUCGUUUCCUUUCGAAGUCUACGUAUUUGCAGCCCGGUGCGAAAUCGUGCUGCCUGCCAUCGAUGACUGCCCCUAAUUUUAUCACUUGAGGAUUAAUCAAAGCUACUGCCUUUGCCAGCAAGAGGGUUCCCAUAUCCGACAUCAAUUCUUUGGCUGCCAUGUCUACAGACACGGACAUAACGACAUAUGCGAACGUGCCG